CCCAAUCUUACUCUAGAAGUCGAAAGUCUUCAACAAACGGCUAUCGAGGGCUCUAAGUUGCCAAUGCGGCUGUUUAAUCACUUAUUUUGGAUGUUGCUGGGGUGUUUCGCCUUAACAGUUGCCUUGGAGAUAUGGAAUAUUGGGGUGUUUGUUUUCAGGGUGGCAAUGUUGAAGAAGGGGGAAAGCUGA